AUGGGCCCGGACGUCGCGUUCCAUCUGGAGAUCACCGCGGUGGUCGCGAUGGUACUGCUCAUCAUCGCCGUGGCCGUAAUCGCCUCGGGAGGCGGCGCCUGCGACGAAGGACCUAGCAACGGCGAUGCAGCAGUCGGCACCGUGCACGCCGCAGGCGACGUUGAGAGCGCCCUCGGUGGCGCGAUGCUCAUGACGUACAAGCAAGCGGCCACCGGCAAGGAGAAAGAAGAGGAGGAAGACGAGCGGUGCGCCAUCUGCCAGUCGGAGUACGCCGAACCCGGCGAGCUGGUGCGGGUGGUGCCAGCGUGCGGGCACUUCUUCCACGCCGAGUGCGGCGUCGAUGGUUGGCUCCGGGCGCAACGGACUUGCCCGCUAUGCCGCGGAGGGCUCUGGCCGCCGCCGCCGCCGAAAAUGAUACGGCCGCCAACGUCGCUGCCGAGGAUGACACGGCCGGAGUGCCCGCCGAUGCCGCCGCCGCGGAGGACGUCUCGUUGA